AUGGGCCGGGCCCGGCCGGGCGAGCGCGGGCCCCCCAACCCCGGCCCCGCCGCACCGCCCGCGCCGCCUGCGCCCUCGCCGCGCUGCGCCCGCGCCGUGGCGCUGCUCGGGGCCCUGCUCGCCGCCGCCGCCGCGGCCGCUGCUGCCCGGGCCUAUGGCCGCUACACUGAGGCCCAGGCGGCCGCGCGGCAGGAGUCGGCGCUGAAGGCCCUGGGGACAGAAGGCCUCUUUCUCUUCUCCUCGUUGGACACGGACCACGACAUGCACAUCAGCCCCGAGGAGUUCAAGCCCAUCGCAGAGAAGCUGACAGGGUCAAGUCCCACGGCCAGCUACGAGGAGGAGGAGCUGCCGCCUGACCCCAGCGAGGAGACGCUCACCAUAGAAGCCCGAUUCCAGCCUCUGCUCCCCGAGUCCAUGACCAAGAGCAAAGAUGGAUUCCUAGGGGUCUCCCGCAUGGCCCUGUCCGGCCUCCGCAACUGGACAGCCGCAGCCUCGCCAAGUGCCGUGUUUGCCGCCCGCCACUUCCGGCCCUUCCUUCCCCCUCCGGGCCAGGCGGAGCUGGGCGAGCCCUGGUGGAUCAUCCCCAGCGAGCUGAGUGUCUUCACCGGCUAUUUGUCCAACAACCGCUUCUACCCGCCACCGCCCAAGGGCAAGGAGGUCAUCAUCCACCGGCUCCUGAGCAUGUUCCACCCGCGGCCCUUCGUGAAGACCCGUUUCGCCCCUCAGGGGGCCGUCGCCUGCCUGACUGCCAUCAGCGACUUCUACUACACCGUGAUGUUCCGGAUCCACGCCGAGUUCCAGCUCAGCGAGCCACCCGACUUCCCCUUCUGGUUCUCGCCCGCCCAGUUCACCGGCCACAUCAUCCUCUCCAAAGACGCCACCCACGUCCGUGACUUCCGGCUCUUCGUGCCCAACCACAGGUCUCUGAACGUGGACAUGGAGUGGCUCUACGGGGCCAGUGAGAACAGCAAUAUGGAGGUGGACAUCGGUUACAUACCCCAGAUGGAGCUGGAGGCCACAGGCCCCUCGAUACCCUCCGUGAUCCUGGAUGAGGACGGCAACAUGAUUGACAGCCGCCUGCCCUCGGGGGAGCCCCUCCAGUUUGUGUUUGAGGAGAUCAAGUGGCAGCAGGAGCUGAGCUGGGAGGAGGCCGCGAGGCGCCUGGAGGUGACCAUGUACCCCUUCAAGAAGGUCACCUACCUGCCAUUCACCGAGGCCUUCGACCAAGCCAAGGCCAAGAACAAGCUGGUGCACUCGAUCCUGUUGUGGGGGGCCCUGGAUGACCAGUCCUGCUGAGGUUCCGGGCGGACUCUCCGGGAGACGGUCCUGGAAAGUUCGCCCAUCCUCGCCCUCCUCAACGAGAGCUUCAUCAGCACCUGGUCCCUGGUGAAGGAGCUGGAGGACCUGCAGAAUGACCUGGAGAACCCGUCCCACAAGGAGCUGGCCGACCUGCACCUGGAGAAGUACAGCUUCCCAGUGGAGAUGAUGAUCUGUCUGCCCAACGGCACCGUGGUCCACCACAUCAACGCCAACUACUUCCUGGACAUCACCUCCGCGAGGCCUGAGGACGUCGAGAACAGCGCCUUCAGCUUCUCGUCCACCUUCGAAGACCCGUCCACGGCCACCUACAUGCGGUUCCUGCAGGAGGGCCUGCGGCGCGGCCUGCCGCUCCUCCAGCCCUAGAGCGGCGGCCCCACCGGGGCCCCGGGAGCCAGGCUGAGGGCAGAGCUGCAGAGAAAGGCCCCCAGCAACCACGGACAGGCCCCUUGGCCCCAGAGCCAUAGUGGUCCUCACACAUUUCAAAUAGCGGGCAUUCCCACCCCACCGCUCCCAGACUGCCUGUAAGGUCGGAGGUCAGCUGGGGUACUGUCCUAGCCCUGCACCUGUUACUGGGGAGGUGACGAGGAGGUGCGAGGGCUGACCGGCAUGUGAACCUGAGGCUCCAGCUGCCAGCAUCGGCCCUUCACUACCCACCCGGCUGCAGAAGCUGCUUGAGACGCCCUGACAUGACGGCUGAGGCCGUUUCACUAGAGGUCACCCUCUCAGGCACAUGGCCCAGGCCCUCGUGGGGUGAAGCAUGGGGGGAAGUGAGUGCUAGGAAAGCAGGGUCACCCCUUUCUCCUUCCUUUCACCUCUCCCCGGAAGGAACACCCACCGAGAAGCCCUGGAGUGGUGGGAGGGGCGCAGGGGCCAGAGAGCGUCCUGUUUUUGUCUGGAGCCUUUUUCCCAGUGGCCGCAGCCCUUGCUGCCCUCCGGCCUCGCUGCCCUCCUAUGUCUGGUGUGCCCCGGGGGGUCGGUCUCAGCGGGGACAGCCAUCUGGAGGCUCUGGGCAGAACCCGUCCUUCUUCGGAAGGGAAAACCAUUCGGUCCCCCAGAACUUGGCUCCCCAGACCAGUCUGUCCGACCUGAUGACAGGACCCCCACACCGUUUGGGGACCCGCCAGAGGCCAGCUGUCUGGAAAAGUUUGCUGUGCAGCAGGCCGCUGCCCUUGGCCAGGGGCUCCAUCGGGGAGGCCCUGAGGCCCAGGCCUGAGGCAUCCCCGAGCCACCGCAGCACCGGGUCACAGCAGGGUGCUGGAGCCAGAGCCCUGGUCCUGCCUCCUGCCCUGAGACCUCGGCUCCACGGGAGCGCAGCCCAGCUGAGGGGCAGAGCCUCCCCAGAGCCGGCACCAUCCCGGCGGCCAGGGCGGCCCCGACCAGCCUGUCCACUGCUGGGCGGCUGCUGACCCUCCUCGGCCCCUCUUAGGGUCUCGGUUCCUAUCCCAAGCCACUGACCACGGCCAGUCUCUUUUUUAUACACGCAGAGAAGUGUUUUUAUGUGACCUUUCUCACAAUUUGUAGGUAUUUUUGAUAACCCCAGUCCUAAGGAGAAGGACGGGGCAAAGGCUCCCUCCAGCAGCUGCCCCAUGACGGCUGGGUCUGAAACCCUGGAUGGACCCAGUUCGAUGUCUUCGCAGUUGCUCCUGGGGACGAAACAUGCCUCUCUCCCUUCUCUUCCGUUUUUUUUAAAAGCCAGCCCUCAAAGGGUCAGUGUGCCCUUGCUCUCCUCUCAGGCCCACAAGAGCCCCUAGGGCUUCUGUUAAGGCCCUGGGGCCAAGCCUGCUCCCCACCCCCACCCACAGGGGUCCUCUCUUCCGCCGGGAGGAGGAGGAAGGAAGGCAGACGUUUCCUCAGACGCAUUCCCAGGCCUUCCAUCGGCCGAGCGCCCCGCCCGCCGCUGGAGGGGCCACGCUGAGCUCUCUCCUUCUGAGGCAUUUUGUUAACAUUACAUGUCUUUCCUCAUUUCAUCCCCACAACAAGCCCGUGAGGCGGAUAUUAUCUGUUCCCGUUUUUCAGAUGAAGAAACUGAGUCUCACCCUGGCUGGUGUGCCUCAAGGGAUUGAACGUCGACCUGCAAACCAAAAGGUCUCCAGUUCGAUUCCCAGUCAGGGCACAUGCCUAGCUUACAGGCCA